CAGCUCAGCUGGAGCUAACCAGAGCUAGCUGUGUGUCCCAAGCCCAUUGGUGAGAUGCAUCUCUCUUGCUUUGCAGUGAGCAGCUCCAUCCAUGAAUCAGGUGGUUUGGGGGGAGGAAUCCUCCUUUCCCAAUGUGGCUGUCACAAAAAGUAGCACAUCAGUCUGCAAAGCCUCUUACAGACUACUGACUUAGGCAGGCAUUACCAGUACCUGUGAAAGUGGGAUGGCAAAACCUGACUGGUGCUUCAAGCUUUGCCUGCAAAGUUGUUUGCUCUGGUCAGAUGCUCUGACAGCCUUAGAAUGGCCAUUCAUUGAAAAAAAAAAAUAAGAAAAAAGAGAAAGGAUUACAUGUGCUUUAUCAGAACAUGUUUCCUGUAUGCAAUGAGGACUGAGCCAAGCAGAGUGAACAUUAUCAUUUAUUUUAACUGAAGGGUAACUUAUUGCUGAGUGUCAUUCUACUCAGCAUGCUCUUUUAAUACUGAUUAUGCCAAUAACUUGAGCAAACAAACUGGAAGUUGCUACAGCUCAUUCUUUGGCAAAAGGUCAUUCACCUCGUGCUGUAAAUGGUCCCACUAAAGAGGUGUGUUUUUUCAGGGGCUGGAGUGUACCUCACCUGUUGAACUGGCCUUCACACAUGACUCAGGAGCAGAGUGAAUCACAGCUCGUGGCAUACCCAGAGCAGGAGCACAGGGAGCCUGGUAUUGCCACGCUGCUCGGAGGAGAUGUCUUCGGAUGACAGGGCUUAAAGAAGAAAUGUAGCUUCCUCCCUGCUGGGAACUCCACGUUUCUGGUGAGUUAGCAGAGAUUAAGGGGCAUUCCUGCUGUACUGGCUGCUGGGUUAAUUUAUAGCUAUCUGUAAAGAAAGGCUUGUUUAUUUAUUCCAGUUAGAAAGCUGGAAUCCUUGGAAAUUUUAAGUGAAGGCAGACUUUUUAAGGAGAGAUUGUCUGAGUGGCGGGUAAGAAGCAGGCUGAGGUAACUCCUGCAUAUUAAAGCAGUCAAAGGAAAAUGUGUAAUAUAACUUAGAUUUUCUCUUUAGCUUUUUGCUUUACAGAGGUUAAAAAAUAGCACAGACUACUUUCUUGCCUUAAUAUUUUAAAUAUUAAACAAUUCCUUGUGUUCCUUAAUGGUGCUCAGACCUUAAUGUACCUUUAUAAACCAUAUCAUCCAUUUGCAUGUCUGUGGUGUGACAUUGUAUAUAUAUCCUCUAUGAAUCCCAAAGACAGGACAUCCCGCUUUAUUACUGUGUUUGAAAUAACAGACCCAUUUUAACGCAAUCUGCUAAGAUAGGACAACCAUCAAAGAGGGAAUCUGGAUGACAAGAGGAGACUGAUUUAAAAAGACUGAGGUGUUCUAAAUGCAUUGUCCCAAACUAUGUAGUGAGUUGUGAAUAUGGAGCCCAGAGGGACAUUAUCAUCUCAACAGAAGCUGUACUUGAUGGUCUUUCCAAAAGAUUUCCCCACAUCUUUACUUAAACCAGUAGAAUACGUAUCUAAGGACUUCUCAUUUGCAGAAUGAGGGCAAAAUGUGUCUUGAUGAACAACUGUGAAUAUCAGAGCUGACAAGAGCCAAGCACAGGGUGGAUUCACAGCACCACGUUCUGUGCCCUGGCUUGAAAGAGUCCACGUGCAGCUGUGGAUGUGUGUGUCCCUAUGUUCCCACAUGGCACAGCUCCCUUGCUGGAUUAUGCCAACCUUUAGAGCACCAGUCCCUCAGCUCUGCCUUCUGCAUGUGAUAUGUCUCAGAUCUUCAAGGGCUUCCAUUAUGAGAAAGGUUUUUACCAUUUAAGUGCUGGGAUCAAUGCAUAGAGCAAAAAGCAGUCCCUUGACAUUUCCUGUAAUAUCUUGAGAUUUCAUUGAAUGCUAGCAAAGUCCACAGAUCCACAGGAGGAUUUAAAAUAGCAUUGUUGUGUGACUCUUUGUUCCUGAAAUACAUAAUACUGUACAGAUUUUGCAGCUUUUGAUGUAAAAUCCCAUUUGCAAGAAGAAAGAAAUUACAAAGACGUUCAGGAGUCAAUAUAAACUCAAAAUAACACAGGUAAAAUGUUUCUUGAGAGGCACUGGCCUCUUUGUUCUUUCUGCCUCCUUCCAUACGAGCAGAAAAUGCAUGAGCUCUCUCUCAUUUGAGCUUCCCCUGUUGUACCCAAGCUGGGAAGCAACCUAAAAAGGGUCUUGGGUGCCUUCAGAGGGAGAGGAGAGCAGAGUGCAUGGGAGUUUCAGAGGCCUGGAUCUAAGGGCUCAUCCCUGUCCAUCAGCCCCCAGAGUCACUGCUGAGUUGUGCAGGCAGGGGAGCAAUGGGGAGGAACAUCCCCCACGCUGUCCAGCUGCUCUGGACAGUGGAGCAGUGUGUGCCCACGUUGGGCACCAGGGCAGAGCAGCUGUAUGUGGGAGGCUGGAGGAGAUGCCUUUAACAAUCUCUUCCAGGCUGGAAGAUCCAAACUCCUCAGAGCAUGUCCAGCCCAACGGUGGGAGUCACUGUUUCCUUACCGGGGGAAUUGGUGGUUUAGGCAGAAUUCUUCCCAGACUCCGCUGGAGUAGACACACUGACCCGACAACACUUUGGUUUGUAGCUUUGAUGAGUGAAACUAAUUUUGUUAAUGUGAUUUAGAUGUAAAAGAUCUGUAAAAUAACAGAAGAGUCUCUUAAAGUCUUUUACCUAAAUGUCCUGUUAAUGCACAAUAAGGGUCCAUUCUGCUGCUGUGUUUUACCCACAAAGUUCUGGCCUCCAAUGUCUGGGGAGAUUUGGCUGCUGGUCAAUACUUGAUGAACUAGCCAAGUAGUUCCAGCAGCUUUCCAGCAUCCCUGCUGUGCAUAGACACCAGGAGGUAGCCCACAGCUUAUGAAACACCUUAGGGGAAAAUCAGCAACAUGCUUGUCAAAUAUUCCUCUUUGAGCAAAUGAUUACCCAGAAGCCUUGCACAGCAAGAUUUAACACAUUCAAGUGCCACUUCUUAUUAGGGUGUAGCUGACUUGUAACUUAUUUUCAUUGGCCCAAGGCCUUAUUUCCUCCUUUGUGAGGGGUGAUCCAUGUGAAUAAGCUAAAGGUUACCUGGAUGGAAGGGUAAUUGGCACACGUAACUGCAGGGAGCAGCUUUACCCGUAUUUUCUGAAAUACAAAGUGGACCACAUACUUGAGAGUCCCUUCCUCUAAGAAUUGCUAGCAGGUGGUUUUCUGGCAGCAGGGAGUAAGCCUGCAUGCCUGGUUAGCAAUAAAAUGUGAACUUUGAAUUGUGAAGACAUUGAGAAUGGGGGGGAAAAUAGUAGCAAUCAUUAGGUCUAUAACCGACGGGACAAAUGCUUCCCUGAGGAGUCAGCAGCAGUGCUGUUGACACGCCUGGCACAGUGGACCAUGCUUGGGAGCAAGUUUCAGACAGCACCUGGCCACACAGCAAAGGCAGGUAAAAGCUGGGAGUAUCAGACUGUUGUAAAAGUUUUCAUAUAAUAAUUAAUGGCCUGUGGGGCCAGAAUGUCUGAGGGAUGCAUGUGUGUUGUGGUGUCGCUGACCUGCCAGUGGGUGAUGGCCAGUGAGCAGUGGGCUGGGAAGAGCCACCUCAACAUCUCACCACCUCACAGUGGACAGCCAGGAACUCGUGCUCAGGGCUAACUUGGACAAGCAGCCAUAAAAGUUGGAUUGAUACCAUUAAUAAAUGAGGGACUAAAGGUCAAGGAGGAGUUUCUGUUUCCCUGAGGGAUGGGAGACACCGUAGCCUCAAUGGCAAGCCAGCCUUGCCUCCUCUUGGAGCUCAGCCUUCCACUUCCUCAUCUCCACACCCAUAUUCUGCCAUCCAUGGGUUGGCAAUAGGUAGUCACAUGCAAAGUAUAUGUUCUCUAGGGAUUAUGGCAGGGGAGCAAGCAGGGAAGCUUUGUUAGGUGGGGAGGGGCUGGCUCACAGCAGCUGAGCUCACAUCUGUACAGGUUCACCUUGGCAAGGGGUCCAACCCGGGCAGCAGAUGCUGUGCCAGACCCCCUCUGCUGUCACCUUGGUGGUCCAGGGAUUUCUGCACCCUGUCCUGGCAGGUCAGACUCACAUUCUCAGGAGCAAACAGAUGCUGAGGUACAUGAGAUCCCCUCUCUGAAGAGAGCUGGAGUAGGGAGGGGAGUCAGUUUUUCUCUCAACUCCUUAGUUUCUCUGUCUUUGCAGUCAUCUCCACGCUGAAGAAAUACUGUGAAGGUGUGAUCCAUCCCAUCUGCAUAUAGAAAUAUGAAGUUCUUCUGGAUAAUCCCAUUUUUCCUGCUGCAAGCUGAGGCAGAGCACAAGUACCUCCCAACCACCCUGGCCAGCACACGCGUGGACGAGCACACAGCAGGCAAUGUUACCCUUCCACUGGGUUUGGAACUGGAACAGCUGGAGGAGCUGCUCUGGUUCUUCCGCAGAGAAGACCCCUCAACAUGGAAUUACUCCGUUCUUGCGCUGUCCCUCGCGACCAUGAUUUUGGGUCUUGUUCUUCUGACCAUUAACAUUGUGCGAAACAGGAAAAGGAAGAUCCUCGUGAACAGAGAAGCAGCACAAACCACACAGGAGGCUGACCUCGAUGCCAAGCAAGCCCUGAUGCCUGUGCAGGAAUACAGCCUGGCUGAGCCACUGAAGCAGCAGCCAGGACCCCAGGACCAGAGAUCAGGGGAUGUGAUGGUCCAGUGGAAGGACGGGACUGUCACAUCUCUGUACAGAGGGAUGUCUGAGGAGGCCAUAUAGUGACAGCUGGAGUCAGCCCAUUUAGGCCUUAAGGAAGGUAUUGGAAUGUCUCAAUUCAUAGGGGUGCAAGUUGAAAAAUGCAGUUUAGCCUGGAGAAAGAAAAGUGUGAAACAAGAAAGCAGCAGAGUUGCAUCUGCAGGAGGGGCCCUGGGCUCAGCUCCUGCCUGGCUGGUGUUCCCCCCCUGCUCUGGCUGCUUCCAGCCUUCCCUCCAGUGCCAGCUUCAUCUCCUCUCUCAAGU